UGAAACUUGCCGAGUGCUGUUCUCUGGUGGGGAUUCUGGUCACUUCCUUUAUCGACAUCUUCCUCUUUUCAAAGGCUGAGCUCUGUGUGACAAGCAGCGGCACUCAGUGUUGAGCAAAAGCUCCUUCAGUCAGGGGACCUUGGUGCAGCUUGUCCAGGUCAAACCAUGGAGGCCUCUUGGGUUCUUUUAUUAUCUCUGGUCACCUUGAUGCUCUUACCAGCUAUUCGCGGUAACACUUGUCCCGCUCCGUUCGGUAGCCCAGGGCUGCCAGGACUCCCAGGAAUGCCAGGCAAAGAUGGGCGCGAUGGAGAGAAAGGAGAGAAGGGAGAAUCUGGAAAGCCAGUUGUUCCUGGGGAUGCUGGACAGAAAGGUGACCAGGGCAGUCCUGGUGAUCCUGGUGUUUCAGGUAAGAUAGGGCGCAGUGGUACUCCUGGCAUUUCAGGAUCUGCAGGGCUCCCUGGUCCUAAAGGUGACAAAGGUGAGUCGGGCAAUAUCAAAUUAACUAAGAGGGCAGCCUUCAGUCUGACCAGGACUACAUCACAAUAUCCAGCAAGGGACUCACCCAUCCGUUUCAACCACGUCAUCACCAACGAGAACGGGGACUACAAUAUGGACACUGGCAAGUUUGUCUGCAGCAUCUCUGGCUCCUACUACUUUGUGUAUCAUGCCUCAAGCAAUGGCAAUCUCUGUGUCAGCAUAAAGAAGAAUGGAGAGAAAAUGGCCAGCUUUUGCGAACACAGGGUGACAGAAAUCCAGGUGAGCUCUGGUGGCUUGGCUAUCCAGCUGAUUACUGGGGAUGAAGUGUGGCUGGAGGCCAACGACUACAACAGCAUGAUCGGGAUCAAGUUCCAGCAAAGUGUCUUUUCGGGUUUCCUGCUCUUCCCAGACUGACCUGAAUGGCCGGCCUUUCUAGCCUGUCUGCUUCACGUGACCCACAGUCAAUUCUUGGGUUUUCUGCAUUUACCCUCCUGCCCUCUGUGAACUGCUUCUACGCUGCACUGGGUUGACUCUCAAAGAUUUCAAUAAAAACACGUGCCGCUUAAA